AUGUCCAAGAUGGGCGCAACAUUACCACCACCCCACCGCUGCUUCAAUAUGCGGAACCCUCUCGCAAAAGCCCUCGUUCUUUGCAUCACAAUAACUCUAUUCGGCACUCUGCUACUACAACAUGGCGGAGACAUCGACGUCCGGACAGCACUCCUUAAGACGGCCAAUACUGCCAAGGAAGCCGUUUCAUCUCAACGACCACUCGGUGGCUAUCACCAACAAUCAGGAUGGGGAGGAGACAGUGUCCAUACUCCUGUCGAGGUGACUGGGAACCACCAGCCAGAUCAUCCUAACAACCUGGCAAACAUUUCCACCACCCAUGGAAACAUGCACUGCGACUACGACAUGGACCGUUUGAAGGAGUGGAAGAAGAAAUACAACCUUCAGGAUCGCUUCGAGUACACUCGCCGCUACAUCCAAGUCUCCCGCCAACCCGUCGCCCGCAAGUCGCUCACCACGCUCGACCAAGACUUCCUCUUUGACCAUGUCAAGGUUGUCGAUGUCAACAAGCACUACCAGCCCGAGGCCUGCCCGGCCCCUCUCGUCGUGCCCGUCCCCCGCUCGCCCUAUCCCUCGACCGCCAACGCCUCCGACUUCAUGUUCGGCGUCUCCACCACCUACAAGCGCUUCGUUGACCCGAAGACCAACCCGACCAACGAGUGGAAGUACUGGCUAACUGACAACAACGGCGGCUCCAACGGCGGAAAGCUCCUCCUGAUGCUGAUGGGCGCCUCCGACACGGAAAUGGCCGACGUAUACGAGCAACUCACAUCCGUCGGCAUCGACGUCGACGUCUACCGCUCUUCGCCCUCGGACGAAAUGGCUGUGCGCUACCUGACUCUCGUCCCCACGCUGUACAACCACCACCUCCGCCCCCAGAAGAAGUGGCUCGUGACCUGCGACGACGACACCUUCUUCCCCUCGCUGCACGCUCUGAUCGCUCAGUUCGAAAACUACGACCACACCAAGCCCAAGUACAUUGGCACCUUCUCCGAAGACUCUAACAACGUCAUGCGACAUGGAGAGCAAGCCUUUGGCGGCGCCGGUGUCUUCCUGUCUGUCCCUCUCGCCGCUUUGGUGACUGAGAACUUCAACUCGUGCAAGAGUGCCGAGAAGAUCAAGGAAGCCAACACAGGCUGGGGCCCCCAAGGCGAUGUUCUCCUCAGGAAGUGCAUCUACGAACACUCGCCUGUCCGCCUCACCCUUCUCGACUCGCUCUGGCAGCUAGACAUGAUCGGUGACCCAUCAGGCUUCUACGAGUCCGGCAUCCAACCCCUUUCUCUGCACCACUACCGCGGCGGAGGCUGGCAUUCCGCUCUGCCCUUCCACUACACCAAGGUCUCUCACCUUUGCGGAGAGGAGUGCAUGAUGCAGCGUUUCCAGACCGCUGAUGAUUUUGUCAUCAGCAACGGGUUCUCGGUGGCUUAUUACCCCGAGGGAACGGAAGAUCUGGAUUUCGAUCAGCUGGAGAGGACGUUCCGCUCAGCGCCAGAUGACAAGGGCUGGAAUCUGGAUUUCAAGUUUGGACCGCAGCGUCAGGGCCUGGCGAAGACGGGGAGGAAGUUGAGCUGGGAUUUGCAGGAGGCGGAGAUUAUCUGGGAGGAUGUGGCGGAGGAUGCCGAGGGUGCUCAGAAGAGAGAUCAGGAUGAGGAGGGAGAGGAUGUGCCCUCAAAGGUGCAGAUGAGUCAAGGAGAGAGGAGAAAGGUGAAGGAAGUCAGACAGAUUUAUGUCCGCAAGCAUGACGACUGGAGGUGGAAGUUGAAUGAUGGCGCGACGGCCAUGAGUAAGUUUGAUGGUGUGGUGGAGCUUGUUUGGUUACCUGAUACGACAGAGUAA